AUGGAUAUAAAGACCUUGCCGGACAAUCUUCAUGAUGAAGUAUCCUGUUCUGAAUGUAUGUGUACAUUCACUGAUCCAAAGCAGUUGCCUUGUUUGCACAGUUUCUGUCUUCAUUGCCUGGACGGAAUUCAACGAACGAGCGGCGUCAAUGGCAAAAUUGCAUGCCCUGAGUGUAGAAGACAGUUUCAAAUCCCUGGAAGUGGAAAUCCCAGCGAGCUUCCCACAAAUUUUCGUAUCAACAGUUUGCUGGAUGUCUUAACAAUUAAAGAGUGCAGUACAGCUAACGUGAAAUGCGAAAAUUGUGACAAGAAGAGCGCCCAGACCUUAUAUUGCUUCCAGUGUUGUUCUUUCUGGUGCGAGGAAUGUAUUUUAGCACAUAACAUAAUACGCACCAAUAAAGAACACAAAACGCUGGCACUAAAGGAUUUUCAAGAUCAAGACCUCGAGGCUGUGUUACAACGACCAGCAAUUUGCCAGAAGAAACAUCAUGAAAAAGAAGAACUGAAGUUCUUUUGCAGGGGCUGUAAAGUCGCCAUUUGCAACACUUGCGCUGUAACGCUUCAUGAAGGUCAUGGUAAGAUGCCCUUGCAAGAAGCUGCAGAUGCGCGCAAGACACAGAUCAACUCCAUGAUUACUUCCUUGAAAGAUAAAAUUGUAGAAAAAAGAAAGGAAGUGGAACAAUUCAACCAAAAGAGCAUGGAAGUUCAAGCGCAAGUAGCCGACGUAAAAAGCCAAGUGCAGACGAAUGUAGACCAAAUGAUUGCAAUCAUCGAAGCGAGGAAACAUGAUGUUUUUGAUGCGGUCGAUAACGAAGCGAAAAAAUUACUUGAAACACUCUCACAGAAAAAAGGCAAAGUUGAAAAUCAAGUAAAAACAAUUGAAUCAGCAAUUGAACAAUCUGAAUCUCUAAUGAAACGAAACUUUAGUACAGAAAUCCUUGGAUUCAACGAAACAUUUGAUAAAAUCCUUCAGGAACAGGGCACCCAAGAAAACCGUGAUACUGAAUGUAUUCCUCGGUUUAGUUUCACGAAAAGUGAAGCAGUGAUAAACGCGUUGAACAGUGAAGGCAUAGGUAAUGUAAAAACUGUUUUUAGCGACACUAAAUCGCAAAAAUCAGCUGGGAUUGCUCGGAAUAAAGAGGCAAUUGUUGCUGACAGUCCUUUUGAGGCUCAUUUACAAACCAAGCGUUACAUUCCUGUGCUAUCAUUUGGACAAAAAGGUGAGUCUGUUGGAGAGCUUAACGGGCCCUGGGGGGUGGCAGUAAAUAAUCGUGAUGAAAUUGCUGUGACUGAGCUCUUCAAUCACAGGGUUUCAGUGUUUAGAAGUGACGGUACCGUCUUAAGAUCGUUUGGUGGGGAGGAUGAGAAAAAUGGUUCCGGGAUCCGAUAA